GUGACGUAGAGGAACGGCGGAAGAAGCGCGGAGAGUGAAGCGGCGGCGGCGUGACGUCACCGGCGAGCCCGGUUAGCCCGGUUGUGACGUCAUGCCGACCGUGCUGGGCCUGGAGGGCUCCGCCAACAAGGUGGGCGCGGGGGUGGUGCGGGACGGCGCCGUCCUCAGCAACUGCCGCGCCACCUACGUCACGCCGCCGGGACAGGGCUUCGCCCCCGGCCCCACCGGGCGGCACCACCGCGCCGUGCUGCUGGGCCUGAUCCGGGACGCGCUGCGGGAGGCGGGGGUCGAGCCCCGGGACCUCGAUGGGGUCGCGUUCACCAAGGGCCCCGGCAUGGGCGCCCCCCUGGCCGUGGUGGCGGCCGUGGCGCGGACGCUGGCGCAGCUGUGGCGGCGCCCCCUGCUGGCCGUGAACCACUGCGUGGGGCACAUCGAGAUGGGGCGGCUGCUGGGCCGCGCCCCCGACCCGCUGGCGCUCUACGUCAGCGGCGGCAACACCCAGGUGAUCGCCUACUCCCGGCGCCGUUACCGGAUCCUGGGCGAGACCGUGGACGUGGCCGUGGGGAACUGCAUCGACCGACUGGCCCGGCUGCUCCAGAUCCCCAACGCCCCCAGCCCCGGAUACAACGUGGAGCAGCUGGCCAAGAGGGGCCGCCGCCUGAUCCCGCUGCCCUACGUGGUCAAGGGUCUGGAUGUUUCCUUCUCGGGGCUCCUCUCCCACCUCCAGGCUGUGACCCCAAAAUUGUUGGAGUCGGGGGAGGCGACGCCGGAGGAUUUGUGCUUCUCCCUGCAGGAGACGGCGUUCGCCAUGCUGGCCGAGGUGACGGAGCGCGCGCUGGCGCUGACCCGGGCCAGACACCUGCUGCUCGUGGGGGGCGUGGCCUGUAACCACCGGCUCCAGGAGAUGCUGCAGACGAUGUGCCGCGCCCGCGGCGCCGAGCUGUGCCCCGUGGACGACAGGUACUGCAUCGACAACGGCGCCAUGAUCGCCCAGGCGGGGUGGGAGAUGCUGCGGGUGGGUCAGGUGACGGAGCUCAGCCAAUCAGGGAUCACGCAGAGGUACCGGACAGACGAGGUGGAGGUGACCUGGCGGGACUGAGGUGGAGCCGCCGGCGGGAAACGGCUUCUGGACGAUCUCCACUGCAUACCGUGCUUUUUACCUGUUGGUAUUUUUAUUUUUUAUAUUUUUUUGCUUUACUUGGGGAUUAUUUCCCCUCACGAUUCGAUCCUCCACCACGCGUCUCUCUGUUUUCGGCGCCGGGAAAGCACGCCACCAAAACAUCCGGUUUUAUCCCUUUAUUUCCUAUUUUUAUUUUUCGCUUUGCUAAGUUCCACCAUUUCUAGGGAGAUUUUGGAGAUUUUGGGUUUAUAACUCUUUAUUUUCUAUUUUUCCAGGUUUUUUUCUGUUAAAAUAUUGUUUUAAUAUUAUUGAUGUGUUUGUUUUACUGAUCGCUGGAAUAAAUCCUGAUUUACUGUCGA